CAAGUAGGGCUCCCGCUGUCUCUAAAUGUGUUGCUCUGUGAUAUCUGUUAUUACGAAUGUUCUCCGAAGUAUUGUGUGAAUCAUUUGAACUUCUGUGUUUACUUAUUGUGUGAUACAGUUUGUUUAGUAUCCGAUCUAGGCAGCUUGCGGUAAGUGUCCAUACAACGGCAGAAUAAUGAACCGAAGAAAAAAGGCAAAAGUGGAGAGUCGAGAUCAAGAAGAGACGUCUACCCAUUUAUUAGGGAAAGAUGUAAUUGAUAUGUCUGAAAAGACAAAAGAUGGUGGGCCAUGCACGACAGCUGAAAAACGUUUUUCAAAUGAAAUUGUGAAGAACAGUUUAACGAAUUUUGAACGAGGUUCGGGUACUACUUCCUCCAAAAUUGAGGAGGAGGAAGAGCUAGUUUCUGAUCAAGAUGACAAUACCAAUUUGGAAGGAGCUGCUUUUCAGAGCCGUUUACCCUUUGAUAAAAUGACAGCAACAGAAGCUGCUUAUUUCUCAGAUGUUGCUCAAGGAACGCAGGAGUUACAAGGUGUGUUUUUACACAUUCGUAACCGUUUGCUUCAGAUAUGGUUAGAGAAUCCUAAACAACAAUUACUCUUUGAGAAAGCUGUUUCAGAAAUCGAGGCUCCAUACCAAGGCGACGAAUCUUUAGUGAUGCGAAUAUAUGUUUUCCUUGAACAACAUGGGUACGUAAAUUUCGGCGUUUUUAAGAGAUUGAAGCCACUUCCCGUCCAGAAGACGCGCAGGGUCGUGGUGCUUGGGGCAGGAAUCGCAGGUCUUGUCGUAGCUCGUCAACUGCAGCAUCUCGGAAUGGAGGUCGUGGUUUUGGAAGCCAGAGAUCGUGUAGGUGGACGGAUAGCAACCUUCCGCAAAUCAAAUUACAUUGCUGAUUUAGGCGCAAUGAUUAUUACUGGUUUGGGAGGUAAUCCUCUUAACGUCUUAUCAAAACAGAUAAAUUUACAACUGCAUAAGAUAAAACAGCGAUGCCCUUUGUAUGAAUCUGACGGCAAAACAGUGCCCAAAGACAAAGAUGAGUUGGUUGAAAGAGAAUUCAAUCGCCUAUUGGAAACAGCUAGUUACUUGUCAUAUCAGUUGGAUUUUAAUAAUACAUGUGGUAAACCUGUUUCUCUCGGCCAGGCCCUUGAAUGGAUCAUUAAUUUACAAGAGAAACAUGUUAAGGAUAAGCAAGUGCAACACUGGAAGGCUGUUGUUAAACUUCAGGAACAACUGAAAGCCGACCAACUUCGCUUACUCGCUCUUAGAGAAAAGAUUGAUGAUAUGGGCAAACAGUAUAAACGGUUUGUUGGGACGAAAGGUCCCCGUGACGUCACACGAGAAUUUCUUGUUCGCUGCACGCUUCGAGAGCUCAAUAAUGCUUGCCGGAAUUGGGACGCAUUGUCGGAGCGGCAGAAAGUGACGGAGGAAAAGCUGCAAGAACUGGAGGCGUCUCCGCCCAGCGAUGUGUAUUUAUCAUCUCGCGACCGCCGUAUCUUGGACUGGCACUUGGCUAACCUGGAAUACGCCAACGCUACACCGCUGAACAACCUGUCGCUGAAGCAGUGGAACGAGGAGGACACGGAUGGGGCAGAAAUAAGCGGCGGCCAUUACAUGGUACACGAUGGCUUCUCGAGAGUGCCCGUGGCGCUCUCUGAGGGCGUGGAUGUCCGACUCAACACGGCGGUGCGACGUGUGACUUACAGCCCUCAGGGCGUGCAGGUGGAGGCGGCGGGCCCGCGCACGCACGACCGGCCCGUGACGCUGACGGCGGACGCGUGCGUGUGCACGCUGCCGCUGGGCGUGCUGAAGCAGGCGCCGUCGUCGGGGGGCCGCGUGUUCUGGGAGGCCGCGACCGACGUGUUCGGCCACGUGGGCGGCACGACGGCGUCGCGUGGCGAGCUGUUCCUGUUCUGGCGCGCGGCACGGGCGGGGGCGCCCGCGCUGGUGGCGCUGCUGGCGGGCGAGGCGGCGGGCGUGGCCGAGCGCGUCAGCGACGCACGUGGUGGUGGGCGCUGCGUCGCCGUGCUCAAGACCAUUUCGGACCCUCCGCCGUGCCGCCGCCCAAGAGGUAGCAACAGAAAUAAAAUAAAUUAA